UGGCGAUAAUGUGGAAUUUAAACUGGGAAAUGUUUUCCUCCGCGAUUUUUACGAAAUUUAUAAAUUUACAAAUCAUUUCGUAUUUGAUUUCGUAUUAUUACUUCUAAUACGUACAUCCAUUGCUUGCAAUUUAUUUCAUCAUCGUACUACAUUCUUCAUAGAAAUAGGGUUAUUAUGGGAUUGCAGCAAUUUGUUGAAUUGUCAAUGUGUAUUCACUUGAAAAAUAUUUCUCGUAUUACUUCAAUCUACUAACACAGUAUUUAUAUUAAAUUUAAUUAUUUGUUAAGUUAUUAAAUAAACAAAAAUGGAUUCAGAUAGUAGUGAUAUGGAAGUAGAUGAUGAAUAUCGCCAAACAAAAUUAUGUCCUGCUGUUUUAGGCUUGCAGCCAGUAAAUAAAAGAAAUAAUCCUAAAAUUAUAGAAUCAUCAAAUUCAGGAAAAGAUAAAUUAAAUAGAAGGGGUAUGCCUGCUCGUAUUAGAAAAAAAAAUAAAUUAUUUUUUGAUGAAGAAGUAUUCAACACGUCUAAAAAUCCAUCUGUGAAACAAGAACGUAUGAUGUAUGUGAAUUCUCCUAAAAAACAAACACCAAAAAAAGUUGUUGAACCUAAAGUAGAACCAAAAACACCAAAAACGCCUAAACAAGAAAAAAUUGUUAAUCAAAAAUCACAAACUCCAAAAGUUGCCGUAAAAACAACACCAACAAUCAAACUUAAGACUCCCAAUGUGAAAACACCUGUUAAAAGUGCUUCUAAAAAAUCUACUGAAAAUGGUGUAACUAAACCAAAACCCGUAAAACUCGAAACUCCUAAAAACAUAGUGUCGACAUCCAAACCAAAAUCUGACUCUUUGGAACGUAAACGUUGUCAAAAUGUUGGAUUAAGACUGAGGAAAAUUUUUCAAUUACCAAAAGCUAAAAAUUGGAUAUAUUACGAGUGGUUUUAUAGUAAUAUAGAUAAACCUCUUUUAUAUGAUUCUGAUUUUAUGAUGUGUGUACAAGACUUCUUUCCCUCAUUUAAAAUUAAGACGAUGACUAGGAGAGAAUGGUGUAUGUUACGGCGAAUGAUGGGUAAACCUCGUAGAUGUUCUCAGAAUUUCUUUGACGAAGAAAUUCGAGAAUUGGAUAGAAGAAGAAGAAAAAUAAGAUUGUUACAACAAAGGAAAGCUAGAGAUGAAGCAUUGUUUAAAGAUAUACCAGAGGAAAUACCUUUACAACUUAGUGUUGGUACAAAAGUAACAGCAAUGUUAAGAAGUAACAAUGAAGAAGGUUUGUUUAAUGGAACUAUUGAAGCUCUGGAUGUUUCUAACAAUACUUAUAGAAUACAUUUUGAUAAGCCUGGUUUAGGUACGCACUCUGUCCUUGAUUAUGAAGUAUGCUCUAAUCAACCUCCAGAAACUAUUUCAAAAAAUGUAUUAUUACAAAUGUGUCGUCCACGUGUACCUUAUCAUAAUCGUUCAAUAUCACCUGAAACUAAAGUAGAUGUACAUAAAACUGAUCAGAACACAACUGCCCAAUAUUCAAUGAAACUUUUAGAAUCUACUGUAAAAUUUAGAAAAAUUUUGGCCGCAAAAAAGCAAUAUGUACAAACAUUACGUAACAUGAAUUCUGAAGCCGAAAAAAUGGUUUUAUACAAUGAAGAUAUAACUCCAGAAUUUCAGAGUCGAUAUGCUAAAAUUGUUUUGGAUUUGGAUAAUUUAAAUCUUCAUUUAACAUCUGUAAUGUGUGUCCUUAGCGAAGAAAUUAAAAUAUUAGCACCCGAAGAAGCUGAAACAUGGCCAUUGAUAACAGAUUAUUUACAAAAUCAGUCAUUUGAUGAAGCUGAACAAAUGAUAGAGCAUAACAAAGAAGUAACUGAUUCCCGUUUUAUUAUUGAUGACCAGCCGAUGUUAGCUUUAAUCAAAGAUUUAUUAGCUUUAAUGCUCCAGGUGAAGACAUUAACUGAAAGUGAACCUACUGCAUAUGAAUUGGAUGCUUUAAAAAGAACUAUGGUUGAAAUAAAACUUAAACUUAGUCAAUCUAAUCAAAAAUCAUUUGAGAAUUGUGUAGAAAUUCAUAUGCAGCAAAUUCAAUCUAGUUUAGAUACUUUUCAUACUUUAUCCUCUUCUACUAGAAAAUAACAUGAAAUACUUGAAACAUUUGUUAAAUUAUAUUUAACAGAUAUAUUUUUAAAAAUGUAAAAUAUUGUUAGUAUACAAAGGAGAUUAAUUAUUUAUGGAAGUAAUGACACUUAAAAAGAUUAUUGAUUAAUGCCAUCAUAAUUUACGUUUUAAAUACAUAAUUUUAAUGAAUUUAAUUUUACUUUACUUAUAAUUCAAAAUUAUUUAUAAGUAAAUAAAAUAAUCAAUAUACUAAUAUCAAUGAAGUUUUUUUUUUAAUAUUUAAAUUGUAAAUCAUAUUUUAUUUAAAGAUAAAACAAUUAUAAUUUUUUUUUUUUUUUUGAAGAAAUUGAAUUUUAUCAUUAUUCAUACAGUUAAAAUAUUUUUUUAGAAAACUACAAAUUAUCGUUAUGUAGAAAAAUAUAUAUAUGUAUAUUAUAUUAUAUAUUAUAUAUAAUAUUUUUAAUUUAGAAAAUUUGGUUUAUAUUGUUUUUGAUAAUUGAUUAAAAUUCUUUAUAACCCCUGGUAUAUGGUUCAAUAAUUUAUGGUUAAGUUGUUUCACAUAUAAUGAUUGAAAAAUAAAUUUGUUUCAAAAUGUUGAUCUCCUUUUAAUUAAUAACAUUGUUUUAAACCAAAAACUUAUAUGUUGUAAACAAUUGAUAUAUCUUAUUUUAUUAUUUUUAGUGCGUUAUUAAAUUAAUAUGAUAUGAAAUUUAUUUUUUUUAUUUUUCUUCACGAAUAUGUUUUUAUUUUAAACCAUUCAGCAUCUACUUAAGUUAAAUUGUAUUUGUAAUCAGAAACAUAUAUGAUUAUAUACUUACAAUUUAAAUUAUGAGUUAUUUAUUCAUAUUAUAGUUCGUAAAAAUACUAUUAUUAUAAAUUAUAGUUUAUGAUUGAUUUGAGUUAUCUAAUUAUAAAGUAGAUUGCACUGGAUUGUAAGACAAUUAUUCUUAGAUUUUAAUUGUAAAUGUGUUUGUGAAAAUUGUAGAAACUGGUAGAGUUAUAUUAUGUUAUAUUUGUUAAUUUUAUUAGUAAAUAUUAAUAUUAUUUUACCUUUAAAACAUGGAAAUUAUAGAUGUAAGUUAUUAAUAGUAAUUUAUACAAUAAAUUCUUAAAGAACUGAACAAUAAUUGAAUCAUGUACAUUAUAUUAUAUACGUUUUUUAAGUACUUGCAAUAUUGUGAGCAUUUUAAAAUAUUUUAAUAAACAUAUUCUUAAUAUAUAUUUUUAUUCAAACAAGUGAUUUAAAUUUAUUAUUUAUGAAAGUCAUUAUUUUUAAUGUUCUAAAAUUAUUAAUUAACAAAAUUUGAUUUUUCUGUAUUUUUUCCUAAAUUUUAAUUAGAGUUAUUAAAAUAAGUAAGAGAUUAAUAUUAUAUAAGCAUUUGUGUACAUUUAUGUAUUUUAAUUAUAAUUUUUAUAAAUUAGAGUAUUGUUUAUAUGACAUGUACUAUAUAAUUUUAUUAUUGAUUGAAAUGUUUAAGAAUUUUAAAUAUAUAAUUUUAAACUAGCAAAAUAUUAUCCUUUUGAUUGGGUAAAAUUUAGCUCAAUACAUCUACCACAAGUGUAUGUGGCAUUAUAAAUAUAUAAAUAUAUAAUAAACAAAAUUAUACAUAUUAGAAUUAUAAACAUAUAGUGUGAAUAAAAAUUAUAUAUAACAUUAUACAUAA